AUGUCUGAAUUCACCACCGACCCGUCCGCCACGCCUUCCUUGACCCACGAUCCUCCAUCUCUGCCCGCCUCGCCGCACCGCAAGCGCACGAAGCACAUCGAGCCCGAGCCGUCCCUCGCCUCCGCUACCACCGCCACCAGCGCGCUCCAUCACACCUCAGCGGUAGCCGCUGGCGACGAGUCCGGUACCGCAACCCCCACGCCCAUCGCAAUGUCCACCACUACCGCCGCCUCGGCCCCAGCGCCCGAGUCGACGACCAUGCAGGUCGAGCUACUGUCGGGGAACGCCAAAGCUCCAACCAAGGGCUCCGCCUUCGCCGCCGGUCAUGAUCUCUAUAGCGCCGCCGAUACGGUAAUCCCGGCGCGGAAGUGGGCGCUGGUCCCUACCGACAUCAAAAUCUCGGUACCGGCUGGAACCUAUGGCCGUGUUGCCCCUCGCUCCGGUCUGGCCUACAAGCAUGGCAUUGACACUCUCGCCGGUGUCAUCGAUGCCGACUACCGAGGUCCGGUCGGUGUGCUUCUCGCCAACCUGUCCGACGUCGAUUUCGAGGUCAAGAAGCACGACCGCAUCGCGCAACUCGUCAUAGAAAAGUGCGUCAUGGCCGAUGUGGCUGUCGUCGAAAAGAUCGAGGACACGGUCCGUGGUGCUGGCGGCUUUGGCAGCACGGGUGGUUUUGGCGCCAAGAACGGUGCUUGA